AUGUGCUUCUACUUUGGGGUGGAGGAGGAGGAGGAGGAGAAGGAGGAGGGUUCGGCUUCAGAAAACCAUAUGAUGAACCUCAAGGCCCUGGCGCAGAAGCUGAGGCUGGAAACACAGAGGCUGUCCUACCUCGAGUGGAAGGCCCGUUUAGAGGCCCAUAGCACCAAAACCCUGAUUGUACCACAGCAGAGCACCAGGGACUUAGUGGAGCCAGAAGAGCAAUGGGUAGUGCCCCAGAGUGAGGGCAGGUCAGACAGUGAGAGCACCAAAUCUCUGGCUGAACCACAGCUACAGCAGGAGCUCCACGCAGAGCAACAAGAGGAGCAGGAGAAGGCCAAACGACAACCGGGGGAGCCCAGAGAGAGCCUCCUGACCUCAGGUUUGACCUGGCAGCGCAGCCUGCCCUCUGGAGUGCCGAGGAGACUUAAGAACAUCGAUGAGGCUGUGGGGUGGCUCAGGAAAGAACUGAAUGAAAUGCCUCUCCAGGACCAGCAGUUGGCCCAUCAGCUGAUGCGUCUCCAUAGCGACAUCAACAAAUUGAAGAUCGAGCAGACGUGUCACCAGCACCGCCGCAUGCUCAACGAUGCCACCUACGGGCUGGAGGAGAGAGAUGAGUUGAGCGACCUGCUCUUUGACUCCCCCGUCACCCCCGGGUUCGGACUCUCCACCCCGCUGAGACUCAUAGGGGUCACCAAGAUGAACAUAAACUCUCGACGCUUUUCCCUCUGCUAGCUAGCGAGAGAGAGAGAGAGAGGGGGAGAGAGAGAGGGAGAGAGAGAGGGAGAGAGAGGAGCAUGUAGUUUGUUUUCUAUGUCAGUGGGAGGAGCAUAUAGUUUGUUUUCUAUGUCAGUGGGAGGAGCAUAUAGUUUGUUUUCUAUGUCAGUGGGAGGAGCAUAUAGUUUGUUUUCUAUGUCAGUGGGAGGAGCAUAUAGUUUGUUUUCUAUGUCAGUGGGAGGAGCAUAUCAUUUGUUUUCUAUGUCAGUGGGAGGAGCAUAUAGUUUGUUUACUAUGUCAGUGGGAGGAGCAUGUAGGUUGUUUACUAUGUCAGUGGGAGGAGCAUAUCGUUUGUUUUCUAUGUCAGUGGGAGGAGCAUAUAGUUUGUUUACUAUGUCAGUGGGAGGAGCAUAUAGUUUGUUUACUAUGUCAGUGGGAGGAGCAUGUAGGUUGUUUACUAUGUCAGUGGGAGGAGCAUAUAGAUGGUUUCCAGAAUGAUGUAAAUCCCCCCCAACAGAAGCAGCUACAAAUCCUCCUCUUAACAUUUACAUUUAAGUCAUUUAGCAGACGCUCUUAUCCAGAGCGACUUACAAAUUGGUAACAUCAGCCUUAACAAGGCUUUUCCUGAAACUGAACCUGACUAUUAGAUAUGAUGGCACUUUUAAAACAUUCUGAUCCGGUCCUAGGCCGGGGUUCCACAUUCUGAUCCGGUCCUAGGCCGGGAUUCCACAUUCUGAUCCGGUCCUAGGCCGGGAUUCCACAUUCUGAUCCGGUCCUAGGCCGGGGUUCCACAUUCUGAUCCGGUCCUAGGCCGGGGUUCCACAUUCUGAUCCGGUCCUAG